AUGUGCCUGUCACUUUCUUUACUCUUUUACUUUAUCACUUUAAUAUGGAUUGGUGAUUUCACUUCUACUGCCGGAUAUAUUGUAUAUUGCCCAUGCAUGGGUAGAUUUGGCAAUCAAAUGGAACAUUUCCUUGGCAUGUUGGCAUUUGCGAAAGCUCUUAAUAGAACUUUAGUUUUACCUCCAUUUGUUGAAUAUUAUCAUGAAAGGAAACAAGCAAUUAUGGCAGAUUUCGACAAAUAUUUUUUGGUUAAACCGUUACGUAAUUUUCAUAAAAUGAUUGUUAUGCGUGAAUUUAUCAAGAAAAUUGCACCAGAUGUUUGGCCAUUAAGUGAAAGGAAAGCAUUUUGUUGGCAACCACGUCAAAGUAUCUAUGAUAGAAAAAAACCAUCUGGUUGUCAUGCUAAAGAGGGAAAUCCAUUUGGUCCAUUUUGGGAUUAUUCGAAUAUAAGCUUUGUCGACGAUGUUUAUUAUGCUUCAGAUUUUUCUGAAGCACAUUUUAUUGACUCCGUGAGCGUUCGAAAAAAGUGGGAAGAAAGAUUUCCGGUUGACCGAUAUCCAGUUUUAUCAUUUAUUUCGGCUCCGGUAGCAUUUCCAGCACGAACGGACCAUCAUCAUUUGCAGAGAUAUCUUCGUUGGUCAGAACCAAUUGUGACAGAGGCUAACAAAUUUAUAGCAGAAUCACUUGAAAAACCAUUUAUUGGUAUUCACUUGCGGAAUGAUAUUGACUGGAAGAAUUUAUGUCACAUGGUACACGAGAAUGAAACUGAAAAAUUAUUUGGUUCAGCAAUUUGUACUGGUAGAAAUGGUAAAUUAACUGCGGAAAUGUGUCUACCUUCACUGGAAACAAUUAUCAAAGAUGUUACGAAGGAGGUAUUAAAAUUGAAAGUACGAUCGAUAUUCGUAUCAAGUGAUCGAAAUCAUUACAUCGAUGAAUUAAAACAAGGAUUGGCUCCUCUGCGGAUUACAAUUCAGCGUCGCUAUCCCGAAAAUCUACAUGUAAAUUUGGCGAUUCUCUCAAUGGCAGAUCAUUUCAUUGGUAAUUGUGUAUCUACUUUGAGCGCAUUUAUAUAUCGGCAGAGGAAGUAUGCAUCAAGCAUUCCCAGACCUUCAUCUUUUUUUGCUCAGAAUUAUUUCAUAAAAAAUAAAGACGAACUGUAA